GUUUGCUUAUUCUUUACUCCAUUCUCUUCCUUCACUGCUUCCUCCUUUUCAGUUUGUGGGACAAACUUCAGCUUUCCCUUCUCCAUUCCUUGUUGACUUGAGAACUUUACUUUUUCAUUAUCUCUUGCAAGAGCCACCACUUUCAUUUCAUCAUCUUUAACUUAAGCUUCAAUGGGCAAAUGUCAUCCUUUCCCUCCCCUGAAGUCUUUGUCCGGUAGAAUCAGAAGCAUGCUUUGCAAUUGUGGUUCAUCAAACAAGUACAAGAAGCUGGAUUCAAAGCUUGAAAGGAAAAUGAUUGAAAUGAAGAGAAGUUCAUCGGGAAAAUCUAAUGUCAAAUCAAUUGACAGCAUUAUCUUGAGGUUCCCUCAGUUCCGGGAUGGAUUCAGAAACCUCAAAGGCGUGUUCGAGCAGUAUGAUGAAGACUCCAAUGGAACUAUUGAUCGCGAGGAACUGAACAAAUGCUUGGAGAAACUGCAACUUCGGUUGACAAAAGAGGAGAUCGAGGAUUUGUUUCGUUCAUGUGAUAUCGACGGGAGUGAAGGGAUUCAAUUUAGCGAGUUUAUUGUGCUGCUAUGUCUCAGCUAUCUCCUAAUGAAACCUUCUUCCUCUCCUGAUAAUACAUUGAAGAUGGAUUCUCAGCAGCUUGAGGCCACUUUCGAUACCAUCAUUGAAGCGUUCCUGUUUCUUGAUAAGAAUGGUGAUGGAAAACUGAACAAGAAAGACAUGAUGAAGGCACUAAACGAAACUUCCCCGUGGGAACGAUCUCCUGCACGUGUUACUCAGACUAGAUUCAAAGAAAUGGACUGGGAUAAGAAUGGAAAAGUCAGCUUCAGAGAGUUCCUCUUUGCUUUUAUCAACUGGGUUGGGAUCGAAAGCGACGAUGAAGGAGAAAUACUGGACCCAGGAAGCUAAGAACACUCGAAGGCUCUGCAUGAUAAUCUGUAUGAGGUCAGAUUAAGAUUUGUUCAUAUAACUAAGACAUCCCAAACACUUGGUUAAACUGUUUUUGCUGUAUCAUGACAUAUAUAUCAUCACAGUUUUCUU